AUGAAAGAAGCACGUUCACUGGAACAUGCGAUUCCAUCGCACCUACAGACCGAACGUACGAUCCCUGCAAAGACGUCAGAUAGAUUCGUGCCGCCCUUUCCAUCUUAUACUGCUAGAUUCCCAAAGGAGGCGAAACAUCUCGUGAUGGCCAUAAUUGGAGUUCAGUAUAAAGACAGCGUCAAUCACCAAGGGCCUGCCUACCAAAAGCUGGUCUCAUUCGUUGAGCAGGGGUCCGAGAAGUCCAAACCCAAGUACUGGGAAGCAGCGAUAACCACCGACAAUCGAAGCUUUUGUAAUGAAGUGGUAAUUCCGUAUUGGCAGACGAAGGCUGAUUUCGAGGAAUGGAGGAGCGACAGUGGCUUCGAUGACUGGUGGGCCAACCUGCAAGCAGAAUCGGAACGAGGGUGGUUUAUGAAAAUAUUCUUCCCAACCAUUGACCGAUUCGAGACUGUCUUCUCCGACAAUGUAGUGCCGGCCGGCGCAGCUCAUAUGCGCUCCUCGGUGUCAGGCGAGAUGCAACAACACUUCUAUUGGGGUUCGAUGCGUGACAGACUCGCAGCGGCGCAGACUGACCACCUCAUUGGUGAGCGCGCCUUCCCCAAGUCAUUUACGGAACAAGUCAAGAAAGGCGACACAAGAAAGCAGCGCAUCACACUGCCAGGCAGAAAGAAUCUCGCUGUCAUUAGAAGUGGUCAAGACUGGUCCGAUACGAAUCCGAGUGAACGCAAACUCUACCUCGAGACCAUGCACCCUGUGCUCACCAAAGGUAUGGAAUUUUUGAGAGACAAGGGCGAAGAGGUCGGCUGCAUCAGCAACCGCUUCAUGGAAUGUAUAUACAAGACUUCGCCCAGGCAGAAUACUGAGCGCACCUUUAGCCUUGCAUAUUUUGAUGAUCUCAAGUCGCUCGAAGGCUGGAGCAAAGAACAUAAAACACAUCUUGAUAUCUUUGGUCGAUUCUCCAAGUAUGCGUCAGAGUUACAGGGCAAUGUAUCACUGCGAUUGUUUCAUGAAGUAAUGGUUCUCAAGCCUGAACAGCAGUUUUUCGAGUACAUCGGUUGCCAUGACAGUACGGGAAUGCUGGCUUCGGUGAAGAACGAAUCCUAUCAACUAAGAUCUUAG